AUUUUCCCGAAGGGCCAGUUGAAUAUAAUUUUGCCAUUAAUGUUUUUCUCAGACAAUAAGGUUCAACAAUGGUCCUAGAUAGAAUUCCACUAUGAUAAAAAUCGAAAAAUAAAUAAGAGAUGGACCAUUUUCUUUCUUUCUUUCUUUCUUUUUUUUUUUUGAAAAAAGGUUCUUCCUGUGAGGUUGUACGAAUCCCUUAUAAAAUGGGGAAUAAGUAGAGCAAGUUCAUAUGCCAAAUAAUUAACAGCGUGAAACCCCUUCAAAUAUCCAAUUUUUCCUACCACUCCUCCAUUACCAUGCCAAUUCCUCAAACUCUUUCUUCUCUUCCCAAAUACUUGCUUGAAGAAGAAGUAACCCAAGAAUGCAGAGACCUUUUGCCCUCUUUACCUACAGAAAAAGGUUGGGUUGCUGCUAAUCUCCAUCAAUACCAAGGGUUUUGGCACACAACCAGGCAAUUAGCGGGAGUUCUUUCUUGCCAAAAACACUUCCAAGCUAAAAAUUCCGAUAUCCUCCUUGUCACCAAUCCCAAAUCAGGAACCACUUGGCUCAAAGCAAUUACGUUCUCGCUAUUAAACCGUUCACGCUAUCCAGACUUUGCUCACCAACAUCCUUUGCUCACAAAUAACCCUCAUGUUCUUGUUCCUUUCUUGGAGCUUGAUCUUUACAUUCAUAAAAACCAACUUCCAAACUUAUCUUCCUUUGCCUCCCCAAGACUUUUCUCAACCCAUUUACCAUACAUUUCACUUCCUAAAUCUGUCAAGCUCUCUACUUGCAAAGUCGUCUAUUUGUGUAGAAACCCAAAAGACACUUUUGUUUCACUUUGGCAUUUCACUAACAGGUUGAGAUCUAUAAGUAAAAGUAGCAAUCCAAUUGAAGAGUCAUUCCGUAAGUUCUGUAGAGGAGUGAGUUUGUAUGGUCCAUUUUGGGACCAUGUGUUGGGAUAUUGGAAAGAAAGCUUGGAAAGGUCUGAAAGGGUGCUUUUUUUGAAGUUUGAAGAAAUGAAAGAGAAUCCCAUUUUGGAGAUUAGAAGGUUAGCUGAGUUCAUUGGCUGCCCAUUUUCACCAGAAGAAGAAGAAAAUGGUGUGGUGGAAGAUAUAAUGAGGUUGUGUAGUUUUGAAACUUUAAGCAAUUUGGAGGUGAAUAAGAAUGGUAAAAUCUCAUCUGGGGAGGAAAAUAAGGCUUUCUUUAGGAGAGGUGAGGUGGGAGAUUGGAUGAAUUAUUUGACGGCUGAGAUGGCACAAGAACUAGACUCUAUUACUCAGCAAAAGUUGAAUGGUUGUGGAUUAAUGUUUUAGCUAAUUAAGCUUCCCAGUUGUACUACUUUUCAGUGGUUAAUUAACAUGCCAAUAUGCUUUAGUGUGGACCAUUCCUGCCUGAUCCAUCCUUUGCAAAGAUGGAAGUUAUAUCAAAAGAAAACAAAUGGUCCUUUUUUU